GCCCGGCCCGGCAGCGCCCCGACCCCGACCCCAUGGAGAGCGCGCCGGCCGCCGCUUUCUGAGUGCGGGCGCCGCCGUCCAAGCUGCAAGCUGGGUCCCCCGCUCGCUCCUCCUAGGACGUCCGAGAAACCGGCGGGGAUCGCGCCAUGAAGUCCGUGCUGUUCAGCCGCUUCUUCAUCCUGCUGCCCUGGAUCCUGAUCGUCAUCAUCAUGCUCGACGUGGACACGCGCAGGCCCGCGCUCCCGCUCACCCCGCGCCCCUACUUCUCUCCCUACGCUGGGGGCCGCGGGGGCGCCCGACCCCCGCUCCGCAGGGGCGGCCCGGGGCGCGGCUCCGAGCGGCGCAACGAGUCCGGGCCGCCGCGCGCGCCGCCCCUGCCCACCAUCUAUGCCAUCACGCCCACCUACAGCCGCCCGGUGCAGAAGGCAGAGCUGACGCGCCUGGCCAACACCUUUCGCCAGGUGGCGCAGCUGCACUGGAUCCUGGUGGAGGACGCGGCGGCGCGCAGCGAGCUGGUGAGCCGCUUCCUGGCGCGCGCCGGGCUGCCCUGCACGCACCUGCACGUGCCCACGCCGCGGCGCUACAAGCGGCCCGGGCUGCCGCGCGCCACGGAGCAGCGCAACGCCGGCCUGGCCUGGCUGCGCCAGCGGCACCGGCACCAGCGCGCGCAGCCCGGCGUGCUCUUCUUCGCCGACGACGACAACACCUACAGUCUGGAGCUCUUCCAGGAGAUGCGAACAACGCGCAAGGUCUCUGUCUGGCCGGUGGGCUUGGUUGGCGGGCGACGCUACGAACGACCCUUGGUGGAGAACGGCAAAGUCGUUGGCUGGUACACGGGCUGGAGAGCAGACAGGCCCUUUGCCAUCGACAUGGCAGGAUUUGCUGUAAGCCUUCAAGUCAUCUUGUCCAAUCCAAAAGCUGUGUUCAAACGGCGUGGAUCCCAGCCGGGGAUGCAGGAGUCUGACUUUCUAAAACAGAUAACAACAGUCGAAGAACUGGAACCAAAAGCCAGUAACUGUACCAAGGUCCUCGUGUGGCACACUCGGACUGAGAAGGUUAAUCUAGCCAACGAGCCAAAGUACCACCUGGACACAGUGAAAAUUGAGGUGUGAAUGCCGCAGCACCUGGUGCCAUGUGCCUGGCCAGCGGGCGUGGAAGAGGACGCAGGGCGGCCAGGCUGCAGAGCCUGCAGGUACUGUCCACUCCAGUACAACAGCCUCGGUCGUCACCUGGCGGACAUCUGUUCACACAGAGCUUGUCAGCUGACAUCAGCCAGCUGGAUGACUGGAGUCCUGUUUGUAUAGAAGCAUCUUAACCCUUCCCUGUAGUUCUCUUCCUUCCAAGAUUGAUGAUAAGUGAAGGGAAGGCAAGAAGAUUUACCACACAGCACAGAGCAGGUUAAAAACCUGGGCUCAGGGUUGGACUAUAUUCUUAAUAAAGACACUAAGAUUAACCAUGCCACUGAUCAUGCAGAAGUGUCUGAAGGGGCAGAUCACUUCUUCAUACCCACUAAAGGAGCUUUAACCACCUGUCGCUGGCCAGCAGGUCCCACUGAGGGAGACUGGAGGAGGACAGCGCUCCCCUCAGCAUGAUGGACAAGGGCUCACCCCGCACCUUAAGCUGAGCAGGUGUGCUUCAGCAUGCUGCCUACACGGAAGCUGCUCCUGACAUUUCGUACUUACAAUGUCUGCGAUUCCCAGAGAGUGGAGACCAAUGUGAUACAGCUACUCCUUUAAACGAUGACAGUAAAAGUAACUUGCAGCAUCAUGGGGCAAUACUGACCAUUCCCCACAUGCCCUCCAGGUAAAGCAGCUGCUAGAGCAGAAACCCAGAUCAGCAAACUGAGAGCACAGCAAGCAGCACGUGCGAGGGGGAGCAGGAGUCAGGGGGCCCUCAAGGAGGAGUGGGUUUGAAGGAGGGAAUACUGAAACAUCAGCUCUUGGCUCUAAACUAAUAAGUAGAAACAAGAUUUUGUAUAUGAAGGGAUGGCUAAGACAAAUGUGAGCUUGUUCACAUCUUAUGGGAAUUCUUGAACUAGUGAUAUUCUUUUUAAACAUAAACAUAAUACAACUCUACAAAAAUUUUUGGAAAGAUUUUUAUAAAUCCAUGGCCAGAAGCCACAUGACAUGCAGAACAGCCUACAUCCCUCAUAAAAUAGCACUUUGAGAAUAUGAGGCCAGAUCUCUUUUCUAAUUUGUGAGUUAUAAAAAACCCAAAAAUAAUUAGUAAAGAUAGUUGGUCUAAGUGCACUAUAACAACGCCCCAACACAUUAGGAGCUGAGUUAGGGCCUUGUGCUAACGUAAAGGGGCAGAGAGGGAGUCUCCGAGGGUCCCCAAGAUGACUUCCACUGCUACAGUCUGAAUACUCUCAAUACAGGGCCAAGGACGGCUCAUCUGUCUAUCUGAUAGAAGUUCAGGAUAUCUAUAGACACUGUGACCUUAUACAAUAUCCCUACUCAAUUCUUUCUGCUAGAUCGUUAGAUUUAAAUACAAAUAAAAC